AUGUACGUGCGUAUACGGAUAAACAAGAUUCCAUCGAAACGGUAAAUUUACGCACGUAACGCUGACUCGCGUGUUCCGGCCGAUCGAUCGCUACUACGAGGGAGCGGUAAGACUAAUUCUUUUCGAGGAUUCUCACUUCGAAUCAACGUAUGCGUUUCUGUUUCUUUUCUCGAAUAGAAGAUCCGUUCGUUCGCGCACGUUCGUCGUUCAUCGUUCGUCGUUCAUCGUUCAUCGUUCAUCGUUCAUCGUUCAUUCGCACUCGGCUGCUCAUCGACAGCGUUCAGAAACAAUGUUUCUAUCCUACGAGAAAUUUCUGCACUACGGAGUGUUGUUGCUGUUAUGGAUCAAAUCAAGUUAUCAGCAAGAGGAGGACAUACCUCACAACGAAAAUAUCACGACAUGGAAGCUCAAGUUGUGAAAAAGGAUGGACUCGUCUUAGUGCGAGAAAUGGCUGCCGAAGUAAAAAAUAUGUUGGACUUUAAAAUGAACGCUGUUAUGAGGUUGGUAGAGAGUGCCGAACAGGCAGCUGUAUCAGCACCCAGAGACGGAAGCGUAGCGCCAAAGUAUCACGCUUCUCAACGUUUCGACGUUUCUUCGGUGGAUGGAAAGACGUUGGGAACGGAGGGACAGGAGAGCUUUCUCUCUUCCAAUCGACACUUUGAUCAUUUGGCCGUGAACGUUACUUUUUCGGCAGUUUUGUUACCCGCCGGGGUAAGAGAAGUUGAUCGCGAGGUAGCCGCUGGUAUUCAAUGGAGCGAAUACUUGGACCUAUUGUUCGUUAAUAAUUACGAGAGCGACUCUUCCCUCUCCUGGCAAUACUACGGGGCGACUUCGGGAUUCUUGAGACGUUUCCCCGCAAUUUCUUGGCCACCGAUCGAGGAACGAAGUUUCAACAGUGGCAAGAACGUCGAUCGAAUCGUUCGAGACGUGUACGAUUUUCGGAUUUCCAACUGGUUCGUUGGCGCGGCCAACAGUCCGAAAGACCUGGCCAUAUUGCUCGACGUCGAGUGUUACGCCUCGGAGAGGAACAGGCGUUUGGCCGUGGCUACCGUUAAAACCAUACUCGAUACUCUGGGUCCCGACGAUUACGUCAACGUUUAUCGUUACGGCGACACGGCGGAAGAGAUCGUGCAAUGUUUCAAAGACAGUUUGGUUCAAGCAUCGCCGGAGAAUAUACAAGAAUUGAAGGUGACAACGAGUUCGUUGAAGCACGAGGAAAUGGCAACGAACAUAUCGGCCGCGCUUGGAACUGCGUUCGAGAUUCUUCACCGAUACAACAGAACGGGACAAGGAAGUCAGUGCAAUCAAGCGAUCGUGUUAAUUACGACCGACAACGCUGGCCUACCUACAGACGUGAUAAAGCGUUACAACUGGCCUCACAUGCCCGUCCGUAUUUUCACGUAUCUCAUCGGUGGUGACAAAAGUCCGGAAUUACGCAACGCAGCAUGCUCCAACAAAGGAUUUUACGCGAGAAUCAGCGAGUUGGAAGACGUUAAAAGUAAAGUUUUCGAAUACAUCAAAGUGCUCGCACGACCCAUGGUACUGUAUCAACACGAACAUCCAAUUCAUUGGAGUCCGGUUUACGUUGGCGGAAAGUACGAAGAAACGUUAAAACCCACGUACGUCAACGUAGAUUUGUCGGAAGUCGAACUCGCCGAGUACGACGGACCGUUGCAUCCGUUGAACAAUUCCCUUCUUCUCGAUUGGGAUAAAAUUACUCGUACGAUCGGGGAUGUGUUUCACGCGUUGUGUUUCAGUAACCGAGUACUUCAAGGGAAGCAAUUGGAAGGUGCAUCCCGACUGGGUGUACUGCGAGUACAGUUCGGCUUCGGAAAAGUGGUUCCCGUCCCCCGAAGAACGCGUUCUGCAUUUUUUGGCAAGAACGCGAAGUCCGGGGUGGAAGUGGAUGUCCUUGAGACCAAGGAGUCCAAGCUCGCAUCACAAACAAGCGAGCAAGCCCGACAAAGAUGCUUACUAUUUCAAGGAAAAGGCACGUUCGGCGUAACACGGAGUUUCAUCGCAACUAGAAGCGGCUUGUUUCGUUGGCACGAGCAUCGACGAACCGAGGAGAUCAUCGACGAACCACCAUUCGCCGACAAGUACGCGAGAGCUAUGGAUUCCUCGUGGUACAAACGCGCUGUGGAUCAACAUUCGAUAGAACCGGAAAGUUUCGUUUUCAGCGUGCCUUUUGACGCCGCCGACAGCCCAAAUCCAUUGGUGACGGCCACUCACGCGGUUUUCAUCGGGCCACAGUCGGGACACAAAGCACCGGCGGCGGUCGUAGGUUUGCAGUUUCAACACUCCUCGCUGGCCUCUCGUUUCGUCAACAUCACCUCGACGUGUAGCGGUACGAGUUGCAAGAAGAAUUGCGCUUCCGAAGCGUUGGAUUGCUACAUCCUGGACAACAACGGAUUUAUCAUAAUCAGCGAACGUCACGAGCACACUGGGAAAUUCUUUGGCGAGAUCGACGGUACGAUAAUGGACUCCCUGGUUCAGGACAGAAUUUACAGGAAAGUAACGGUGACCGAUUAUCAGGGAACGUGCAGUCCGCAAGAAUCUCAUCAAUCGGCCGCGCCGAGAACUCUCUCGGAACGAUCUAUCUCGACGACGAUCGCGAUAUUGGGAAAUUUCCUCUGGAGCGUGGCGUUCGGCUUUAAUUUUCAAAAUUUGUGGCAAGUCGCUUUCGCGUUCGCUGGCGAAUCCGCAAAGCCGCUCGACGCCGUCCAGUCGUCGACGCGAACGACAAACGACAAACGACGUCGAUUUUCAGGCGUAGAUUCGCUCGGAGAUGUUCGCGAGUUCGAAUCGUUGGCGAUACACGGGGACUCGACCGACGAACCGGAAGGAAACGAGGAAGAAGCGUUCCCAAGGCUUCCAGCAGUCGCAGUCGCCGCAACUCCCGCUUCUCCCGAGACGACGCGAGCCGCUACGUCCGCUCGCUACUCGCAAGGGAAGUUGAGAUCUUGCGAGAAGAAGACGGAUCUUUAUAUCCUACAACCCGACAGGUUGAACACCAGCGGGCAAAGCAAUCCGUUGAAGGGAAAGUUGACCAAUUGUCACGACACCGGUUGCGAGAGGCCUUUCAGCGUGCAAAAGAUUCGUCACACGAAUUUGAUCCUACUGGUAGUGGACACGUUGUGUCCGUGCGGUAGCAAACAAUUGAGCAUCGAUCCGAUAGAAGCUCUGACAGAGCCUGGCGCUUGUAUCGCGAGGAGAGAACGUUUGUAUCGUCGCAGGCCUGCCAAAUGCAUAAACUACCAUCCGGAGGAGAUGGAGAUCAAAUUUUGCGGUAGCGGGAGUCGUCCUUGCAACUCGUUCUACGCGUUGACGAUCGCGGUUGUUUCCAGCACGCUCGCCACGCGACUCGCGUGA